GAUUCAAUUCGUCUUGAAGUAUAGAAAUAUUCCUUUUGAACCAAUUGUAAAGAGAAUGCGCGCUGUUUUCUUUAUUUUCGUCGGCCUUUUCGUUUUGGCUGCCGCCAACGAUGCUGGGCAACCGAUCACACGCGAUGAGUGGGAUGAGUCAUUGGAAAAGAGUGUUGGUCAGGGUCGCGGUUUGAUACUCAACUCUCAAGCCAAGAAAGCUCUAAGGAAUGUUAUGGAGCAAAUGCCUUGCGGUUGGCCUGAUCUUGGCAUUCCACCACUAGCACCCUACACCAAUGCGGACCUAAAUUUGCAGAUGUCUAGAUCUGCAGCCGAUUCCAUUUUACAAUUUAUUCGCUUCCGUUUUGAUGGUUUGGAUCAAAUGGAUAUCAAGAAACUUAAAGUUAGUUACACCUUCAAUAAAAAGGUUAAAUAUCACUUCGUCUUCAAGCAAUUGAAAGCCACUGCACAUAUUUUGAACACUGAUACGUCCCUGGACUUGAUGCGUGCAUUGGGUUUAUCCGUGCGUUAUGAAGGAUCCGGUCCAUUGGAAUUCAUUUUGGAAAAUCUCUCAAUUCAAGGUCAAUUCAAAUACAAAAUGCCAUUCCUCUGGGGUUCCAUUAAGAUUUACAAAUUCGAAGCUAAAGUCACAUUGGGUGGUGUAACGUCAAAUAUCGGUGGCAUUUUGGGAAAUGGCAAAUUGAAUCGUUAUAUCAAUGAACAGUUGGAGAAUUUCAUACCAGAUUUUAUCAAUGGCAAUCAGAAUGAAAUUAGUGCACAUAUUGAGGAUGUUCUCGUUCCCCGCGUCAAUGCCUACUUGAAGGGACACAAAGUUUGGUGGUUGUUGGGCCAAGUAAUUGGCUCGUCCAACAAGUGCUACCCAACCCCAGCGCCAUGGUUGGCUAUGGAGUAAUAUGUGACGAUUUUUUUUAGAAUAUGACGAAGAAUAAAAAAGAAUUUCAAAAAAA